CCAGUUUAAGAUGGUUAAACUGGUUGGCCAGCUUGUUUGACCAGCUUAAGGUGUGUUUUAUCAUUUUUGAUGGUUUUUUUAGCUGGUAAUAUCAGCUUGUGAUGGCCACUCUGUAUGGUUUAUCCAUUGAAAUUCCUGCAAAAAUUGAAACCAAAUCAAUAUCCUAGAGUUAAGAGAAAUAACAGUGUAAUUAGGGGAAGGUCUGAAAAGCAAAGAGCAUACAUUAGUUAAGUCUUCUGUCAUAUAUUAUACAUAAGUGUAAAUGUGCAAGGCUUGUCAACCAUCAAACACCAAGAACUGGGUCACGACCAUCUUCGACCAUCUUCGACCAUCUUCGACCAACUAAAACCAACAAAAACCAGCUACCAGCAUAAGAUAGUUUUUCGUUUUUUCUUUUUUUUUUUUCCAGUGAGAUACUUUUUACAUUUUCUUCUGCUUUACUCGUCUUCUCAAAUGGGCCUAUUUCAGAGAAAAUGUUUGACCAUAAACUUAAUUUUUUAUCUGACAGUUAAGGCAAGUAGUUACUUUACGAAUUAAAAUGUAACAUCCAAAAAAUAUUUUCAGUUUAUAAAAUCUGAUGCUUACCAUAAAACUUCCAGCUAGUCUAAGUUAGACACCCAGUCCCUUUUACUGGCCAGAUGUGGUUGCACAUUUUAACAAAUAAAGGCCUGUCUCAAUUAGAAGCCCAGUUACCAGGCAGUUCAUUUUUACAGAAGUUCUUUAGAUGUAUGAAACCAGGUUGUUAGCUACCUACUGAAGUUAGUUAGCCACUUAUAUAAAGCAUACCAAUAUAAAUGUGUAAACUUUUGUCAACAUGGACAUGCUACACACAUGGUUAGUUUGGUAAGAUUCUCUAUGAUUCGAUAAUUCAGUUCAUUUUACUGAAACCGUGAGCACCAAAGAAGAAGUACUACCAGCAGAGUAAACAAGAAACAAGCAAAAAAAGAGUUUAAUGAAAUUUUUUUGAUUGCAUUUCCCAUCUUUUCUGAGCAACUGUUUUAUAGAACAGAAACAAAAGCCCGUCCCAUAUUGAGGCCUGUCCCAAAUAUAAGCCUGUUGGGUUCAGUGGUUUAGGCAAAUAAUAGCCCUGGCUAUUAAUUGAAGUUUUAUGGUAGAUUAAACUCAGCUACACAACAAUAGGUAAAGUAGAUUUUUUUUCUUGUUUUAUGUAUUGGACAUAUCUUUGUAGACUGGACUACCGUUUUUGUUUGUUAUCUCUUAUAUUCCACUUCCUCUUGAAAGAAAAUGAAAGCAUAGUGUUAACCCUGUUUAUUUACUGAUUAAACAGCCCAAUAAGCCACUCCAUAAAAUUACAUGCACAAACGACUUCCACUGAUGGUAAAGUGUUUGAGAGGACUUAAUUUAACAUCCAUCAGUCACUUAACACUUAGGCAGGGACCACACUUUCAUCAGGACGUCUGAUUUUUAACUCAAAGAUAAAAAUUAUUGACUGCAGAGUAGAUAAUGUGCCUACAGGAAGGAGCUUUUCUGGAUAGAGCAUUUUGCCAAAUUGCCAACUUGCCUUCAUCCUUCUUUACAUAAGAUCAAUUAAUCUCAUCUCAUCUUACACAUAUUUAUAAAGGCAGAAAACUUAGUUGUGCAAGUGCGUACAUUUGAUAAAUCUCAAUCAUCUAGUGUUUUCAAAUGUUGAUGUUAUGUUUGUAUGAUAUCAUUGAUAUUGUUUGUGGGGGGGGUAUUUUACACAGCAGAGAGGAAUUAGAUGGUCAAAACGAUGAAAAGUCAUAUAUGACACACAUAUGAAAUACAUAAAAUAUGUAAAUUGUGUGUAAAACAUACACAAUAAAUUGUAACAGUGCCAUUUAUUGGCCAAGAGAUUUGACAGUGGCUUCCUACAUAACAUUUUGGAUGACAUCGGUUAAAGUUGUCCUUCCUCUUAUGCCUUCCUAAUAAUAGAAUGUUAACACAAGAUCAGAAAGUGCUACUCGAACAGAGAGUGAUCUUAUUAUAGCCUAUUUUUGCUAAAAAAAAAAAAAUAAAAUCAGCAGGACUCAGAUAUCCUGAAUUGCUUUUUUUUGUCCAUGUUUUUAACAAACCAGCUGCUCAUUCGAGUAUAAAGUUUGAGACACUUUGCAUUUGAAAUUUGACUCUCUUCUAGCAGUUACCAGCUUCCUCUUUUUUUUAUAUCUGGUGAUGAUAGCAACACUCGUCCACAUUUCCACUUUGUCGUUGUUACAUUGUGUUGCUGUCAUUGGAUUAUGUCACAUUUUUGGCACAGUUAUUUGUUCAGCUACCAUCUGAGCAAUGUGUGUGUGGAACAGAGAAGAUCUUUUUAAGAGAUGGGAUCAUUAAGCUUCUAUUUACUGGAAGAAUUUUACUGAGGCAUUGACAGACACAAUGACGUUAACAUCAUGCAUGGUUGGUUCCAGAAACUCUUGAAAUCUGCACGUGAACAAGAGGAAAAAGUGACAAAAAAGUCUUCCGCCAGCAGUGAAUCAACUUUACCUUCAUCUACAUCAUCAUGGUCUCUGUCAUCAUCCUCAUCAUCGUUGCAGGGGACGACCUCUUCUAAGACACCAUCACAGCCACCGUCUGUUCUGAGCUCCCUGUUGCGAUGGAGACGAAAGUAUGACGUGUUUGUGUGCCACAGCUCUGAGCACAGUGACACUGAAGAGGCUAUGCGCCUGGUCUCUUUCCUGGAGGCUUCACCACGUAGUCUGAGGUGCUUUCUAUGGCAGAGGGACACCUGUCCAGGAGGAGCCUUUUCCACUGAGUUAUGCCAGGCUGUGGAGGACAGCCAUUUACGGGCUCUGCUCAUCACUCCUAAUUUCCUGCAGGAUGAUUGGUGCAUAUAUAUGAUGCACCAGGCUCUGGCAGAGGGGCCUAUGUCCAAUCGGCUCAUCCCCCUGGUUCAGAACCUCUCUCACUCUGAGUAUCCACAGGAACUGAGGUUCUACUUCUACAUCGACCUGAGCAGGAACCCUGACAGAGGUUAUACCCUCGUCAACAAGACUGUGCUCAAGUACCUACAAGACCUGGUUAAAAACGAGAAUGAUUGCGACAUUGACAGCUCUAAUGGACCAAGUGGAGAAAGCAGCUGUGAAAAAGACAAGCCGAUGUCAAAGAAUGAGCCCUGUGAGACUACUAUGCCGCUGGAAGUGAUAGAGAAGAGAAAUGAAAGCUUCAAUGACAUUUUGUGACCGUCAUCGACAGUAAUUUAAGACUGUUAUGAAUGAAGCGUGAGAGGCUUUGGGUAGAAAACAUUGCUGUUAGAAAACAAACUCAACUUAAGACCCUGCUAUUGGGAUCUGAAGGAAAGUUCUGCUGCAACUUUACCUCUUUUUAUGUGCAUAACCAACACUGGGCGUGUCUGUUUGGUAAGGAUGUUCAUAUACAAAGAACAGGAAACAGUCAAUUCCAAGCAGCACUGGGGCCUAUUUCCUGUAUCUGAUCUAGACAAGUACAGUGUGUGCUGACCUGGUUAAACGGCAGUUUGCAAUAAUGAACAUAUAUUGUGGGAAUUUGUGGUCAGAGACUCAGCUUGUUAUGCAUAAUUCAGUUAAAUUGCAGCCCCUUAUUUACAUUUACAAUAAAUACCACUAAAGGGCAAGCCUAAAAUGCAUCCUUUUAAUGUAACAGUGUAAAAAUUACAGAUUACAGUCAGAGGAUGAUAUGUGCAGCGUUUGCCACUAGGUGGUGUAUUUUCCUCUUCUAUUCAGUUUAGAGUGCAAGUGAGGAGAUCAUACAGUCUUGUGAGGAGUUGCCAGUCAUGAUGAUGUGAUCUCUGGUACCAUUUUCAAGCUUUCGCCAUGAACAAUAAUUUAUUUAAUGUUUAUUUAAAAGGGACACAGCAUAUUCAUGAACAUCAGUAUAAAAUACAAAUGUAAAUAUGAAGGAGUUAGCAGGACUGUUACUUUACAUCCGUAGUCUUUUGGCAGGUAACAGACAAUACAAAGAAAGAAAAAAAACAAAGCAAUACAACAACUCAUACAGAGGACAACAAUGCAUUAGCAGCAGCAAUGUAAACUGUAUGGCAUGAAGUGCAUUGUGCAAAGUGCCUUGUCUAUGUGCAAAGUGAGGAAUUUAACGUGUGUUAGCUGCACGCAUAUUUCGUGGAUCACUGGAUAGAAGUGCAACGAGUUAAAUUGGAGAUAUAUUGCAUAAGAAGAAUCCAGAUAAAUUGAUCCUCUCCUGCCACCUGGAGUGGAUCUAGACAUUGGAGACUUUGCCAAAACAGGAGAUGAUUCAUGUACGCCCAACAUAUCCAUACAACAAUCAUAACAUCACGCAUUAAUUCAACAAGAAACAACAAUCAACAUGUAAGUGCACAGCAGACAGGUACAAUGCAGUUAUACAUAAUUGCAUGUACCAGAUUAUGUUAACACAAUUUCCUUUUUAUGUGUGUUGUAGAGAGAGCAAAAGGGAAAGAACCGCGCUGACAGUGGUGUAAUAUACAUGAAGUGAUAAUAGAGGAAGUGUGAUUCCUACUGUGAAAAGACACAGCUCGAUGUCUCCUUCUACUGUCUUCCUCUCAGUGCUCACUCAUAUGGCUCUGGUCAGCUGGUAUUAAUAUUCUAAGUCACAAAAGUUCUGACUGAGUGGUUUUAGUUCAGCUAGUUGGAAUAAAGUCGGAACAUGUUGAAGAAUUGGAAAGAAAACUCUUUCUCUUCUCCAUCCAAACAAAAACUUUCAGUUCUCUGUUAGGUAUGAUUAAAUGUCCUUGGCAGCACCUUCCCUUGUUAAUCAAGCAUACUGGCAGUGCUUCAUUUCAGAUAGUUGGCAUUUUGACCACCGUUUGUGGAAUAUCAGGUAUUCAUUGAAUCAGCUGGAGCGUGACAUUUGUGAUCCUUGAUCGUAAUUUUUUUGACACAGGCUAGGGUUGUUGUUUUUACUCUUUUUACACGAGACACCAUCUGUCUCACAGAAAUGCUACAUGUUCUCUUUUGUUAUUAAUGCUGUAUCAUCCUCUCAUUUCCCCAUCCCCCUAAACAUCAACAGACAUUUAGCGCCACAAUAAAAGACCCUUUAUAAUCGGCUCUUUUGUUGCAAGCCAACAUUGUAACAUAAAAAUUUAGACUAAUCUCUGAAAGGCACAGAUGUUCUACAAGGCUUUUGUUGUUGCCAUAAGAAAUCCUCUUCCAGAUGAAACACGUGCACACAUACACACUUAGGGAGCUUACUGUAUGGUGACUGUAUGGACUAUUAAAGGUAACAAUGACUAUAUUAAGUGAAAAGUAACAAUCAUAACUUGCAUACAGUUAAUAUUAACCUUUUAGAACCUGACCAAAUUGGCUUGAUUUCUUUCAAAAACAUGAGAAGAAGGCAAAAAAGCAAUAACAGAAGAAACGACUCAAAAAUUAGCAAGAAAUAUGACCUGACCUGGAAAAGUGUUGACAAGUCUUGUGAAAGUUGUCUAAAAGCAGCGCAAGGAAAGUGAUGUCACUCCAUGUUUCAAAGAGUUAAAGAUGUAUGUAUCAACAUUAAAACACACAUUUAGCUACAUCUGAUUUUCAGGUCAAGAAUUUACAAGCCAUACUGUUACACAUAGGCAUAAUAGGACAUGAUUUACAGUAUUAAUUUUGUUAUUCAUUCAUAAAUCAUUGAUUAGCCAUAACAGCUUAUCCUGUUAAUGGUUUCAGGCGGGCUGGAGCCUAUCCCAACUGACACUGGGCGAGCGGCGGGGUACACCCUGGUCAGACUACCACAGAGCUGACAUAUCAUGCUCACAUUCUCAACUAUGGCCAAUUUAGUGUCCCCAAUUCACAAAAAUGAAGACACGUCACUUGUUGGCUUGUAACACUCAAACAAAAUGACAAAUUGUCAUUUUUAGACUUCCGUUUUAGUGCAGAUUAAACAAAUGACACAUAACAUGUUAAUUAGUGGGCUUCAGAGGUACUUGAGGACUUUGUUAUUAUUGUAUGGAGCCAGGCCAGCUGUUUCCACACAUGUCAAGUCUUUAUGCUAAGCUAAGCUGCUUUCCAUACCUGCCUGUUGGCAUGAAAAUGAAUAAGCAUAUUCCUUUAAGUUGCAUAAAAACAUCUCCAAAAGACACCUAUGAAAUGUUAGCAUUUGAUAGUAAUGUUUAUACAUAGCAGGUUUAGCCAAAUUAAAAGUCAUCACAGCCAGCUCAAUUUGCCAACAUUUUGCUUAAAAUGAGUUUAAGAAUGAAGCCUGUUUGCAAUACUUAGGUAAAUACACAGCAUUAUAUACUUUUUUAUGUCAAAGACUUCAGGGCAGUAUUAAGCUCUCUUAAUUUAAGUUGCAUGCAAAGAUGUUGCAAAUAUUUUCUUUUCAAAUAUAUACAAAUGGUUGCUAUAUAACAAUUUGGAAAUCUAACAUGGAGUCAGUCUGUAGUAGUUUGAUUAAAAUGCUCAAUAUUGGUCUACAAAAUAGACAAACAAGUGACACAUGUUCUUUGACUAAAAUGUUUUCUUUAACUGAGAUGAGUCUAAAUCUGUUUUUUAAAAGACUAAAACUAGGACAGAGUUGAUUGAAUAGGCUAUGACUAAAAUCCACAUAGAAUUUAGAUCUCAGAACAAAGAAUGAAAUAAUAUUUAAAAAUGGCCAACAAAAUUACCACCAUGGUUUUGGAAAGCCCCUGAACAAGCGUGCUAUGUGUCAGCAUCCUAGCACUUGCAGCAUGAAGCAAGAAAUGAGAGGGAAGAGAGAGCUGAAGCCACAGGAUGGCAUGCUCGUGUGCUUUGGACCACCAACAGUAUGGAAAAGCUCUCAGCUGUUAGUCAGCAUGGUGGUCUGUGCUGGGCGCGGCGUGCUGACCUGGAUGCUUCUAUCUGUGGUGAGCAAAUUCAGCUUGCUGUGCUACAGUGAAGCAUCAGCUGGCUUAAUUAAAGGAAAGCAGGAGAUCCAAAGCUUUUAUUGGAUUUUCAGUGAAUCUAGGCCAUACAGUGGAAUGAGACACGAGAAGGCAGAAAGUGAUAUGCAACAGCACACUGGUUUUACACACAAAAUGAAAGAUGGAUUUUAAACACUGUUUACUAUUAUUUUACUACUUACCUGCAGCAGCACUAAUUGAAGAUAUACACUCUUAGAAAUAAAGGUUCCAAAAGGGUUCCUCCUAAAGGGCCAUUCACUUCUGAAGAUUUUUUUUUUCUAAACAAAAGGGUUAUUCAAGCGUUCUUUGUUAGACUUAGGGUUCCAAAAAUAAAAACUUUUAUGAAGAGGGAUCUCUGUGAGACUGUGGAUUGUGGGCUGCAAUAGACUACACUGAACUGAACUGAAAGUUACAUUACAAUUAAUUGACCCAAAGAUCUCCAUGUGAGCCAUUGAAGACCUGCAUACAUUUUUGGCAAAUUAAAGUUUCCUGUUGGAUUUUCUAUCUUUUUUCUAGGAGUUGUUUAACGAGAACAUUUUUUAAAAAUCUAAAAUAUUUUCUAGAGCUGCUCAACAAAUUUCUGUCACUUAAUUGUGUUUUGUCUCUGGCCUGGAGGAGUUAACAACUUUUUUGUUGACGGCAUGGAUGCUGAAUGAUAUGCCAUAUCUUCAUUCUAUUUGCUCCAUUUGUUCACAUGCUUGUUACUUGUGAUUAUCUGAGGUUGAUAUUUAUGGAAAAAUGUUUUAACUCUAUUGUUAGGCUGAUGAUGCAAAGCAGCUGCAGGUGGUCAUCAGUCUCAGCAGUCCUCUGAUUGGAUGAUGAAAAAUGAGGCAGUCUCUGUAUAUAUAUGUGGAGAUGUUCUGAUGCUGUCAUCAUACCUGAUGAAAGUCUGCUAGACCGAAACAUUUUUUUUCACUCAAUAAAUAUGUCAGCAGUAA